AUGGAUAUGAACUUACUGAAUGUCGUUUGUAGAGCAAAGAACAUAUGUUUGAAAGUUCUGGUAGAGAAAGUCAUGACCCCCUGCCUUUGCUGGGAAGAUACCAAAAGUGAUGAGCUGAGCCUGUACGUAUGUUUUGAAGGUAAGAGUUCCCAGUCAGAGUAUGUGGUAGAAGGUGUGAUAGAGAGUAGAACGGUAGGGCUUGAGGGUGCGUAUAAGGAGAUGCAAAGGAAUUACUGUGUGUUAGAGAUUGUAGCUGAUCGGGUUAUAGCCUUGCCUCAGACACUAGAGAGGAGGAAUACACUGACAGAGGUAAAACUAGCGAAGAUUCAGACAGAGUUUAGUGUCCCACCCUCGGUGGGCUUGAGGCAACCUACUACAUCUGAUGUCACUACUGCUUCAUCCGUGGGUGUAGAUGAUGUUGGCCAAGCUAGGGGAAACUUUCGCUGGGUGCAAGCCAAUUGCCAAAAGGCAAAAAAGAGGGUUUAUUUCAUUAGUCACUUGCCUUCUUCUCAGAAAUCUUGGAGGAACAGGUGGUGUAUGGCCUAUGGUGACUGGGAGUGUCCAUUGGGGAAGACUGUCACCAAACACGUUCCUAGCCAUUUCCAGUCUAUAGGUUCGGUGAAGUGGGGGCCCAUUUCACAGGAUAAGGAGGACGAAGUCCAGAUAGUAGGAUUGUUGCUAUCGGAGACUGAUCGAGAUUACCGAAACUUAGUCACACCGAAGAAUCUGCUAGAGUCCGAACUUUUGCAAGGGAGUGUUGUAAAGGGAUUGACGAAGGUGGUCGUGACCAUUGAUGAAGUCGAAAAGCAGAAGUGGCUGAAGGCGUCUCGGGCGAAAAAGGCUGAGAAGAAGAGUGGCCGGUAG